AUGACUUCGUACGAUCCAGAACGUCUCGUGUGGAGUGGUCCCCGCGUCGCUCCACUCUUUGAUCCCGGCCGCAGCUUGGGUGACAUUCUGUUCGAACUGCUCGAUCGCAACCCGGACCGGGUGCUUCAAAUCGAUGGUGAUACCGAUCGGCGGAUUACCCGCGGAGAGCUGAAGCUGCGAGCGAUUCGCAUUGCUCAGCACUUGAGCGAGGUCAACGACAUCGUUACGAUCGCGGCCUUGAACAGUGGUAGCUUGGCAUCGCUGGUGGUAGCGUUGCAGUUUCUGGCCGUGCCGUACAAUGCAGUGUUUCCGAACUUUACCCACGGAGAGAUGGUUGGGAUCAUGGCGCAGACGCAGUCCCGGGUGAUAUUCUGCGACGCGUGGAACUAUGCAGCGGUGAGGGAUGCUGCACGGGAAGCUGUGCGAGGGGGGUUCAAGAUCUUUUUGGUGGACGGAGAGGUUGAUGGUGUAGCUACCGUGGAAGAUUUGCUGGUGGAAACUGGCACAGAGCUGGACUUUAGUCCGAAGAUCAUCACUGAUACCAGCAAAGCCAUCUACAGCAUAUUCUGCUCUUCUGGAACAACCGGUCCUCCAAAGGGAAUCUGCUUGUCCCAUGCGAACAAGACUUCGUCGUUUCUUCCAGCUCCCUACAAUAACCCAACCGUCCUAGCCAUGGGAUCGAUCCACUGGCUCAGCACCGCGUACAUGCUCGAUCUGGUCAUGUUCUACGGCGGAACUGUGGUCACCACCAAGCAACCCUUCUCGGAAGACCUGUUCUUCGACCUAGUCGAACGCUACCAGAUCGACCUCCUCAACGGACCACCAAUUCAAGCGUACGCCAUAACCCACCAUCCCCGAGUCAAGCAAGUCGACCUGUCCAACGUAAAGCUGUGGAGUAUCGGCGGUUACAACGUAUCGGACGCGAUCCGAGACUCGGUGGACGCCAUCCUGCCCAACGGCAAAUCUUACACGAUCUACGCCUCGACAGAGUCCGGACUGAUCGCGGCCGACAUGGCAAAGCGGAAGCGCGGCGCCAUCGGAACUCUAUUCCCGAAUGUCCAGGUUCGGAUCGUGGACGACGAUGGUCAGUUUCUGCCGGUUGGUCAACCUGGAGAACUGUGGAUCAAGCGUUACGUUGCGUUUCCGGGCUACCUCAACAACGAGCAAGCUACCCGGGAGGUCCAAGACGACGAAGGCUGGUUCCGCUCGGGCGAUGUCGGAUACUUUGACGAAGAAGGCUACCUGUUUCUGGUGGAUCGCAAGAGUGAAAUCUUCAAGUACGUAACGCAGGUGUCGCCGACGGAACUGGAGGACAUCAUCGCCGAGCUGGACGGAGUGGCGGAGGUUUGCGUCGUGGGAAUUCCCACACUGGACCAGAGUGCGGAACUGCCGACGGCGGUGGUGGUUCGAAGGGAGGGAUCUGCGCUGCGGGGUGAGGAGGUGGUCAAGUUUGUAGAAGAUCGGGUUAUGGACCACAAGCGACUUCGAGGAGGGGUGUUCUUUGUGGAGUCGCUGGCCAAAACAAGCAAGGGAAGUUUGAAGAGGAAGGAGGUUAGGAGGCUCAUUAUGGAGGAAUUAAAUGUCAAGGUUUAGUAGAAUUUAUACCUUAUUAUUACAAGAUAAAUCGAACAAUUCCCUUACAACUGAAACAACCCCGGAACUCGAUUACAGUCAUGUUUUUGCUUUUUGUUGCUAAUUUUGACUCUAUUUUGGGUCUUGCUCACAAAACCCUUUUUUCUCCCCCUUGGAAUGACACAUGUCAAAACAAAAGCUUUUUUUUUCGUUGUUUUUAAAGGGUUUGUGAUAUGCUGAAAAGGGGUAUGUGGAUAGAAAUAGCUGGUUAUAUUUUUGUCGAAUAAACAUUCCAACAGCAUAUUAUACAGCAUCCUAUAGGAAUAUAACAAUCACCGCUUUGUGGGGUAAAUU